UGAAGAAGAAUGUUCCGUAAUGUUUUUGGUUGGUGGAUUUAGUGAAUCCAGAUAUCUACAAAGCCGCAUCAGACAGGAAUUUAAUGGAAUUAUUAAAAACAUACCAGUUCCUCCCAAUCCAAUUGUUGCUAUUGUUAAAGGCGCUGUCCAAUUUGGCUUAAAACAAGAAGUAAUUGAUGACCGAGUUCUUAAAUGGACCUACGGAACUCGAAUUGCAAGAGAUUGGACUCCCGAUGAUCCACCAGAACGAAAAAGCGGCAAACAUAUUAUUGUUUUCGAGCGACUGGGUAGAAAGGGUGAGAGAGUUACCGUGGAUCAAAAGGUUCUUCGUAUUUUUGCUCCUACCAGUAUUAUUCAGGAACAUGCUUGUUUAGACCUUUAUGUAACUUCUAAAGAUGACGCAGAAUACUGUGAUGAACCUGAUGUCAACUUGCUUGAUAAUUUUAAUUUUCAUGUUCCGAUAACUGGUGACGACGUACGCCCAAUUUUAUAUGUUAUGAACUUUGGAAUGGUUGAAAUUCAAACUACUGCAAUUAAUGUUGCUACUGGUGAAAAAUAUGAAAAAACAUUUGACUUCGAUAUUUAA